CGUGACGUUUUUAAAUUAACCUGGUGUGCAAGUUCCGGAAGGUUCGAUCAUUCUUGCGUUCCAGGCACGUAAUACACGCGAACAAAAGAAGAAUAAGUUGGAUGAGACAUUUUUUCAACGACGAUAUCGAUAUCGAUAUGGAUAGAUGAGCAAUACAGGAUGGCACGAGAGAGACGGGUUGUUUCUUGAGGGCGAUUUUUACUUCAUGCUUCGGCCUCAAGAUUGGUGAAUCAUUUUCCGCUCCAUGGACAGGCCAGUGAUUUGCAGCUUUCUUUAUUGGACAGACAAUCUAAGCAAGAGCAGCACAGGGAAUUUAGUCCGCGCGAGAAGGAACGGUUCUGAAGUUCUAAGAAGGAGCAGCAACAGGUCGACAGGGAUUUUAGUUUGUAGUAGCAAACAGCGGGAUUUAACAGCCGUUAGAAGGAGCGCUUUCGCUCGGGGAUUGUUCGAGAUGUCCAGGCCCAUCAAUCUCGUCCCGGCCUUCCUUUUAAGCUUCGCAGGCAGCUGGAUGACUGCAAACUACAGCCCGAGAGUGCUACUCAUGCCAGCUGUGUGGACAAGUUCAGCUUGUAGCGCUCUCAUAUUAGCAGCAUCAAUGCUCGUCAACGACUGCUACGAUCAUAUAUCUGGAACAGACGGUCUCAACAGAAGGAACUCGGCGUUGCUGAGUGGAGAAAUCACCACGGCUGAUGUUGGACUGGUUGCUGGAUGCAUCUACGGAGGCGUCAUGCUGGCAACUUGUUGCUUGGAGCAACCCAUCAUGAGGCUACUCAUCACACUCUCGGCGUACAUCACAUUUGUCUACACGCCGCUGGUCAAGAAGGUGACGCUGUUGAAGAACAUUGUCGUAUCCGGGGUGAUCGCCAGCGCCAUUUUUGCCGGGGGUCUUGCAGUGACACACGGUAGUGUUAGCGUGAUUCCUCAGAGAACUCUUGCUUCCAGCUUCUACCUUUUCUUGUCGAUUCUCGGCCGAGAGAUUCUUAUGGAUGUCAAGGACAUGGCUGGCGACAGAGUUACGGGAGUUCGCACCAUACCAGUCUGCUUCGGCGAGCAGACGGGCACUUGUGUAGCAGUACUGUGCGCAACAGCGGCAAAUCUUUUCCUGAUCCAAAUGGCUUGGUUGAGGAGGAAGUCGUGGUACGUCUCGUUAGUUUUGUCGAUUAUCAAUUCUGGCAUGCUUGCGUGUUUUAUCUCGAAACUUCCCACGUUUUCUCGUGACGAACUCAGUCAAGAUUACAUGCUUGUGAUGGCCUUGGGAACUAUAACCAUGGCAACGUCGUUAUAAUCGAGCUCCUUAUAAGGUGACAAGCCAUCCAUUUCUUGCUGA